AUGCAAAGUACUCGUCUAUUAAUUACCGCACAACGCUAUUCAUCAGCAUCUAGAAUUAAUCAUCUACUGAGACGAUCUCUCACUAUUUCUAAUUCAACAAUUAAAAUAAAUCUCAUCAAUUUAAUCCUAUCUCCAGUCGCUUUGAACCUUCGUUCAUGUACUACAAGUAGAUUAUUAUCAUUAACAAGAAGUGACAUAAUCAAUGUUCGACAACAUCUGCCAGUACGAUAUGCUUCAUCCACUACUUUACCACUUUACAAAAAAAUUGCCCUUCCAGCAUUAUCACCAACAAUGGAAACCGGUACAUUACGAUCAUGGUCUAAGCAAGUAGGAGAUAGAAUUUCUGAAGGUGACAUAUUAGCUGAAAUCGAAACUGAUAAAGCAACGCUAGGAUUUGAGGCAAGUGAUGAAGGAUUUUUAGCAAAAAUUCUUAUUCCUGCUGGUAGCAAAGACGUCGCUGUUGGAAAACUGUGUGCCAUUAUUGUUGAAAAAGAAAAAGAUAUAGCUGCAUUCAAAGAUUUUGAAGAUUCGACUAGUGUAUCACCAGUAAAAAAGGAAUCAUUAGAUGAAAAAACUACUCCAUCUGGCAAAACUGUAGAGAAAGAAAACGAUCCUGUGAAAAAAGAUGACUCAGCAAAUACCAAACAACAGCAAGCAGUACCCACUCGUAGUGGAAUUGUUAAUGAUAGAAUUUCAGCAUCGCCCUUUGCUCGAAAACUUGCUCAAGAAAAAGAAAUAAAUCUUGAAUUAAUUGAAGGUACCGGUCCCAAUGGUCGAGUUGUGGUUGAAGAUGUUGAAAAAUUUAUAAAACAAGGCGGCGCUAAAGCUCAAACACAAGUUAAAAAAGGCAAAGAUGUUCAGACAACUCCAUCUAAAACAACCAAACAAAAUAAAGAAACCGCAGCCGGUUACAACGAACAAGUAUCAGAAUUACAAGCAGAAAAUGCUCGUCGUGUAACUGAAUCAAAGACUACAAUACCUCAUUAUUAUUUAACUAUUGAUAUACAAUUAGAUGAAAUACUUAAAUUACGGAAUAAACUUAACGACAUAUUAACACCUAAAUCAAAGGAUUCGAAAGACGAAACUAGUGGUAUUACAAUAAAUGAUUUUAUUAUAAAAGCAGCUGCACUUGCAUGCAAAAAACGACCUGAAACAAAUAGUGUUUGGAUGGAUAAAUCUAUCCGACAAUAUGAAACAGUUGACAUCAAUGUAGCAAUCAAUACUGAAGCUGGUGUUCUUGUGACGCCUAUUAUUUAUAAUGUUGACCAAAAGAGUCUUUCGAUCGUUAAUAAGGAAUUAUCACAAUUGAGUAAGAAAGCAAGCACAGGAACAUUGAAUGGCGAUGAACUUGAAAUGGGAACGUUUACAAUUACUAAUUUGGGAAUGUAUGGUAUAACAAAUUUUAGUGCAAUAAUUUAUCCUCAACAAUCUGCAAUUUUAGCUGUAGGCGGUGUUGAAACAAAACUUUUAUCUUCUACAGAUUCUCCAAAAGGUUUCCGUCAAUCUACUGUUCUCAACGUAACAUUAUCAUGUGAUCAUCGUGUAAUUGAUGGUGCCAUUGGUGCUCAAUGGUUACAAGAAUUUAAACAGUUUCUUGAAAAUCCUGGUUCUAUGAUUUUAUAA